AUGGCCAUUAACGCUUUGAGUAUAGCUAUCUCCCUGCUGGUGAUUUAUCCCAUAAGCCGCAUUGUUUACAAUGUGUUUUUCAGUCCAUUGAGCCAUUUACCCGGGCCAAUUAGCUGGUCUGCCACUCGUUUGCCGUUUACCAGGGCACUACUUCGGGGCACGAUUGUCCAUGACUUCGAAAGAUUGCAUCGCAAGUACGGCCCAGUUGUUCGCACCGCCCCUGACGAGGUCAGCUUUGCCAGCGGUGACGCUUGGACCGACGUCUACGCGAGUCGGCCUGACGAUCGGCAACUUCUCAAAGAUCCCCUCUGGUGGCGCAGGCAGCCUGGCCAGCCUGAUACUCUGUUGAGUGCAAUCCAUCCGGCGAAACAUUCCCGCAUGCGUAAACUACUCGCUCCGGCCUUCACCCCGCGUGCCUUGAGGGUGCAGGAGCCUGUGCUACAAAGAUAUGCCUCACUUCUUGUUGACCGUAUCAAAGACCAAGUCUCAGUCGCUGGCACAGACGGGGCAGUGAUUGACAUGGGCCCCUGGUUCAAUUUCACCACAUUUGACAUUUUUGGCGACCUCGGCUUUGGCGAGUCAUUCAAUUGUCUGCAGCACUCACAGUACCACCCCUGGAUUGCACUAUUAUUUGGUAGUGUUAAGGCAGCAUCAUUCAUUGCGGCAGCGCGGUAUUACCCCCCGUUGGAAGCGCUACUGAUGAAAUGCAUCCCCCGCUCGCUGCACGAAAAGAGUCAACGCCAUUACCGGCAAAUCAUCGACAAGAUCGACCGACGGCUCAGCUGGGAGCUUCAGCGACCGGAUAUCAUGUCUCACCUAAUCGAUGAGAAUGGCCAAGUGGCAUUACCACGGGGAGAGCUCAAUUCGACCUUUAUGAUUUUGACUACAACGGGCAGUGAAACGACUGCCACCGUGUUGACGGGCAUUCUGACCUAUCUAGUGAAUCAACCAAAAGUUUUGGGGCGCCUCAUCGGGGAGAUCCGUGGAAGGUUCGAAUCUAGUCAAGACAUCAGCCUGUCAGUAGCGGCGGAUCUGCCGUACCUCGCUGCAGUGAUUCAGGAGGGUCUCCGACUGUGUCCACCUGUGCCGUGGAUGCUUCCCCGCCAGGUGCCGCCGGGAGGCAGCACGGUGUGUGGGACUUGGUUACCGGGCGGAACCGCGGUUUCCCUGCAGGCUUACACUCUCAAUCGCGACCCCUCUCGGUUCCAUGCAGCCUCCUCCUUUUUACCCGAGCGAUGGCUCCCGGAUGCUUCGAGUAAUCCCAACUCCAACUUUUACCAGGACGACCGUCACGCCGUGCAGCCGUUCAGCAUGGGACCGCAGUCUUGUCUAGGUCAGCACCUGGCAUGGGCGGAGAUGAGGUUGAUCCUUACCAAGUUACUGGUCAAUUUUGACUUCGAGGCGGUAGAGGGGAAACAGUUGCGAUGGGAAGAAUUGCGGACCUUCUUGUUGGUGGAGAAGCGCCCCUUGGAGGUGCGAGUGCGGCUGGCCCCGGUCAAUUGA